AGCCCGGGCAGAGGAGUGGCGUGAUUGAUUCAAAGCUGGCGUUCCACCAGGCAAUGUCGAGCCUGCUCGGCGAUGGCAUCGUGAUUCCCUUGCAGCAGCCACCGGCCAUCGCUGUGGGCGGCGGCAUUCUCGAUGGAGGCGGCGGCGGUGGUGGUGGAGGAGGAGGAGCUGCGAUGAUGAGGGGCGGGCGGAGGAAGGAGGAGCGGAUCCCACAGUGGGGAUUCCACGAGACGAAGGAAUUCAUUGCAAUUAGGGCCGAGUUUGAGAGGGAGUUCACGCAGACCAAGCGCAACAAGACGCUGUGGGAGCUCAUUGCCGGGCGGAUGAAGGACAAGGGCUUCCGCCGGAGCGCCGAUCAGUGCAAGUGCAAGUGGAAGAACCUCGUCAAUCGCUACAAGGGAAAGGAGAUAUCCGAGCCCGACAAUGGGAGGCAAUGCCCGUUCUACGAGGAGCUCGACGCCAUCUUCAAGGAGCGGUCCAAGAGCAUGCUCAUGCUCGAGUCCGACGGCUUGAGGCCCAAGAAGCGUCUCAAGAAGCUCAAAGGCCUGCUGUCCGACGAGGAAACCGACGACGAAGAUGACGAUGAAGAGAGCGACGACGACAACAGGAACUUGCAGCAGCUCCAGCCAUUCCAGCACCACCAUCAAGAGCAGCAGCAGCAGCAACAACAUCAGCUCCAGCAGCAAAUCCAAGUAGCAGCAGCAAGCCAGUCGCAGCAGCAGCAGCAGCAACAGCAGCGGCCGCGGAAGCGCAAAGUUGACAAGGACAGGCAGCGAGCCACCGCCGAGAAGUCGAGGGCGAGCAGCAUGCAAGAGGUGCUGGAGGAGUUUUUCCAGCAGCAGCAGCGCAACGAGGAGCAGUGGCGGGUGUCGCUGGAGCAGCGGGAGAUGGAGAGGCGAGCCCGCGAGCACGAGUGGCGGGAGUGCAUGGAGAAGCUGGAGCAGGAGCGCGCGCUGCGGGAGCAGGCGUGGUGGGAACGCGAAGAACAGCGGCGACUGCGGGACGAGGUACGGUCCCGGAAGCGAGACGAGCUGGUCGAAGCUGUGCUGAGAAAGGUGAUACGCGACGACUGCUGAUCCCGGACUUCUCUGUAUUUUUUUCCUCUGCUGAAAGAGCUGUAACUUCUUCGAGCCCCA